AGUGAUAACUGUGGUCCCAUAAACAGAAAGGGACGGGAGAGAAAGUGACACCAUUCACUUUACUUUUCUUGUUUUGCGUUUUCUGAAAUUAAAAUAAUAAAAAAAUAAGAUAGCAUAGCAUGUGAUGUUGUCAGAUAUUAACCGCACCCUAUCCACUCAGUCCCGCACUUUGCGUACAAAAGGAGUGGUUUAUAUGUGGUUUGUGACAUUUUUUUUUUGAUUUUUAUUUUAAAUACAACAGGAAAUAAAAAAAAUCUAGUCUAUAAAUAGAAGAAGUAUGUUAUCAGGUUACACACACUUCACUUCAAUUAUCAUACUUCAUAUACAAUCGCAUUCUUUCCAUUUCUGGUCCAAAAACGUUUUUUUGUUUUCAAACAAGAACAAGGUAUGUUUUUUUCUACCUAGAAAAUAUUAGUUUGUAAUUUGUAUUAUGUAAGCUAUUAAAAGCAUAUAAAUUAUUCAGUGAAACUAUUAAAGGUACCUAAACUAACUAAAGUACGUAAGUAAGUUAACUUUAAUGUAACCAUGUAAAAUAUUAUUUUGUUAAUUAUAAGAUGCAAAAAAUAAAAUUAAAUAAUGAUUAUGUGCUUGAAUAAUGUUUAAAAAUAAUUUUUUCUGUUCGAGGAUCCCUUUUGAAUGAAUAAAUAUAUAUUUUACUAUUUAGUUAACCAAAAAUUUUGUGAAUGUAUGUAAACUUUUUUUCCAUAAAUUAGUUGGUUACCUGAAAUAAUAAAAGUACGUAAACUAAUAAUGAUACGUAAGUUAGUUAACUGAAAGUUUAUUUCUGUAUAUAAAUUAUUUGUUAUAUAUUAAUGUAAUUAAUUUUACAUCAACCAAAAUAAGUUAAAGAGUUAAUCAUAAGCUGCAUGUAAUAAAAUUGAAUAUUAGUAUGUAUUUGAAAUAUGUUUUAAAUAAAAAUUUUGUUCUGUUUGUGAUUUAAGAAAGAAAAAAAAUUUGUGUUGCAAACUUAAUAAAUAUAUGUUUUGAAUAUUUUAAUUAUAUAUAUACAUUAUAUUUUCUUUUAUUCUUUUUUUAUUAAAAAUAUGAUUAAUUAUGAAACUCUAUUAUAUUAAUAAUAUUUGAAUCAUCUUUGAAAUCUAGAUAUGUCAGGAAGACGUCAUGGAAACACAAAUCCUGUGGGACAAAGAAAUUCAAAUGUUCAUAACGAAACUUCUUCACGAAACGCGUCGAGAUUUAAGUGGACCUAUGAACAAGAAAAAACAUUGAUUGAGUUGUAUGAUCAAGCAAUUUCUAUGAACGAUUAUACUCUUAAAGAUCCUACGGUUCUUGGUAGAGAGCACAUGGUCGACAAUUUCAACCGUGCAUUUAAUUUGAAUAUAAAUUAUGCAUUUUUCAAAAACAAACUUGAUGAUUUCAAAAAAGCAUAUAAGAAGUGGAAGUUUCUCAUGACUUCUACUGGAAUAACGGUUAAUCCGGAAACGUCGAUGAUUUAUGCAUCAGAUGAAUGGUGGGAGGCCCGUGAAUCGGCAUUUCGAAUCUGUCAGUUGCGUUCACAAAACAUCCAGACACUAUCUUACGAAGAGAGAAUUGAGUUGUGGAAUUUAGAAAAUGAGCAAUUUGAGGAGUUAAUAAUUCAACCAACUUUGAGUUAUUAUGAUCGAUAUUUUCAUAGAGCACCUGCCCGGACAGACGGAGGUUUAGGGUGGAGAAAUAUGUGGUCUCGACUUCAAGAAGAUGAUGCUGCUUGUCUUCAACUCCUACGAAUGUCGCUACCAUGUUUCCGAACACUAUGUAACAUGCUACAAACGAAUUAUGGUCUGAAACCAACUUCAAAUGUAAGCAUUGAAGAAAGUGUGGCUAUAUUUUUGCGUAUAUGCGGGCACAAUGAAGUUCAAAGAGAUGUUGGGUUGAGAUUUGGACGAAAUCAAGAGACUGUGAAAAGAAAAUUUAAAGAAGUUCUUAAAGCGACGGAAUUACUUGCAUGCGAUUAUAUCAGAACUCCAACAAGACAAGAACUAUACCGAAUUCCUGAAAGACUUCAAGUACAUCCAAAAUAUUAUCCAUUUUUUAGUGGAUUUGUUGGAGCUAUGGAUGGGACUCAUGUUUGCGUAAAAGUACCACCAGAAUUACAAGGAAUGUACUGGAAUCGACACGAUAAUGCAUCGUUGAAUAUUAUGGCAAUUUGUGAUCUGAAUAUGCUAUUCACAUAUAUAUGGAAUGGAGCACCGGGAUCUUGUCAUGAUACAGCCGUUCUCACAAUAGCACAAGAAAGCGAUCCUGAAUUUCCUUUGCCUCCAAUGGAAAAGUAUUAUGUCGUUGACUCGGGUUAUCCAAAUAGGCAAGGAUUUUUGGCUCCAUAUAAGUCAUCCCGAAACAACGUUGUCAGAUAUCAUAUGUCACAGUUCAACUAUGGUCCUGCUCCACGGAAUAAAGAAGAAUUAUUUAAUCGAUAUCAUGCGUCUCUACGUUCAGUUAUCGAGAGAACUUUUGGAGUUUGGAAGAAAAAAUGGAGGAUUCUUUGUGAUUUUCCAAGAUAUAGUAUCAACAUACAGCAGAGAGUGGUCAUGGCUACAAUGGGAUUGCAUAAUUUUAUAAAGAUUUCAAACUUUUCAGAUGCAGAUUUUGCUGAAGUUAUGGCAGAAACAGGAGGAUUCAAUACACAAGCAGAGACUGAUUUUCAUACCGAUUUAGAUGAUGUAGAAACAAUUGAAAUGACAGAUGGAGGACAUAUGACGCAAAUAAGAGAUAAUAUUGCAAAUAUGCUAUGGGAAAAUCAAUAAAAUAAACUUAUUUUUUUAUUGUAA